AUGUCGGCAUCUGACGCAGCCGCAGCAGCCGCCGCGCUGGCUUCCCGCAACGCGACCGAGGCGGCGAUCAAGCGAAACCCGCACGGCGACUUUGGGGCAGUCGAGGCCGGACGGCCAGACUGGGACGCGGCCGCGGCGCCGCACUUCAGCAAGGCGCCGGCGCCCGGCUGGCAAUGGGGCCAGGGCGGCAACGACGGCGGCGCCUCGCUGGCCAAGGCACACGGGCAGAGGCGAUCCGCACGCACCCGGACGACCGGCCCGGCUGACGGCAGUGCCGCCAACCUGGCACCCUUCUCGUACACCAACGUGGUCAACCACGACCCGCCCAUCUUCACGAUCGGCAUCGUUGGCGGACUCGCCAACGCAAAGGACUCGCUGGCCAACCUGGCGGCAACAGGGGAAUGCGUCCUUAAUAUCGUCUCCGAGCACUUUAUUGAGGCUGCCAACGCCACGUCGGUCAACGCGCCUUAUGGCGUGUCCGAAUGGGCCCUGACCGGCCUCCACAAGGCGCCGACGACCCAUGUCAAGCCGGCGCGGAUCCAGGAGGCCAUUGUGGCCAUCGAGUGCAAGGUAGUCGAGCUCAAGGAGUUUGAGAGCAGGGCCAACCCCGGCAAGAAGUCCGGCACGCUCAUCAUUCUCGAAGGCGUCAACUUUUGGGUGCGCGAGGAUGCCAUCAACGAGGAACAGAACUUGAUCGAUCCAGAUGUUCUGCGGCCUGUCGGUCGUCUGGGCGGUAUUACAUACUCGCGCAACAAUGAAGUGUACGAGAUGCUCCGGCCAACAUUCGACUCGGUCAAAAAAGGCGGAGAACGGACAAGAGCUGCUGAAGGAGGCGUCUGCCAAGAACUAGACACGGCAUGCUUCUUCCCGUACAAAUUUACAUAA